AUGGCAAGCAAUGCAUUUCAACCAGCCGCUGGUGGUGCUUCGCGUGGCGAAUCAAGUCUCAGUGGCAUGUCCAAACAAUAUGCUGCACGAGAUAUGCCAUCAAAUAAAACGUUGAAAUAUCGUGAAAAAGGUCAGAGUACACAAGAAGAGUUAAAGUCAAAAGAUCGAGAAGGCCUUCGCCGUGAGCUCGAAGAACGUGAACGUAGUGUUCGUGAUAAACAACAAUCACAACGACCUUCUUCUGACACAAAACGUAUUACAUCCGGUGGAACUACAGCUAGCCGAUCGAAACCAUCCAUAAGCCAAACGAAAGGAAACAUUGAUGCUGAUGAUCCUUUGGAUGAAUCAUCGUCCGACGAAGAAAGUACUUCACGUCAUCAAGUUCGGUCUGGCAAGAAUACUCAACCCACUCGUGCAAUGAGCAAUGAACAGGAAAAUGACGACGACGAUGAUGAUGAUGACGAUGAUGAAGAUGACACAGCUGAACUAAUGGCGGAAUUGGCUCGUAUUAAAAACGAACGUGCAGCUGAAGCCGCUCGCCUUGAACAACAAAAGCGUGCAGAGGACGAAAGAAUUCGCACAGAAAACAUUCUCAGAGGCAAUCCAUUACUAAAUUCGUCAUCCAAAGAUGGAGCUCAAUCAUCAACUGCAGAAUUUCGUGUUAAACGCCGUUGGGACGACGAUGUUGUUUUCAAGAAUUGCGCCAAAGCAGAUAGUGCAUCAGGUGAAAAGCGUGUUGCACAGUUCGUCAACGAUAGUUUACGUAGUGAUUUUCAUCGACGUUUUAUGGAUAAAUAUAUCAAAUAA